GGAUUGAUAUGAACGAACCGGCCAAUCAAAAUGAUCAAAUCUAUCACUGUCCACAAAAUAAAUACGACUAUCCAGCUGUUAGGACAAAAGCUCUCUAUGGAAACGGUGUACGCGAGUUAGGCCACAAAACUUUAUGUAUGACCACCAAACAGGGCGAUCAUAACGAGUACCUGCACUAUGAUGUCCAUUCACUGUACGGUCUAACCGAAACUAUGGCCACACAAAAGGCUAUCCACGCAGCGACCGGUAAACGCGGGUUUGCCGUUAGCCGAUCGACAUACGUAUCGUCCGGCCGUUACGGCACCCACUGGUUGGGCGAUAAUUUCAGUGUCUGGGAUAACAUGAAGUUCUCUAUCAUUGGUAUACUUGAGUUCAAUAUGUUUGGCAUUAAUUUUGAUAUGAACGAACCGGCCAAUCAAAAUGAUGAUGUCUAUCACUGUCCACAAAAUAAAUAUGACUAUCCAGCUAUUAGGACAAGUAUGUCACAUCUGGAUAAAAGCACUCUAUGGAAACGGUGUACGCGAUUUAGGCCACAAAACUAUAUGUAUGACCAUCAAACAGGGCGACCAUAACAACGAGUACCUGCACUAUGAUGUCCAUUCACUGUACGGUCUAACCGAAACUAUGGCCACACAAAAGGCUAUCCACGCAGCGACCGGUAAACGCGGGUUUGCCGUUAGCCGAUCGACAUACGUAUCGUCCG